AGCAGUGGAAUUGCAAUUUGUUAUAACACACUUCCUGAUGUUAAAGGCAAAAUAUUUAUUUUCGCUAAAUGAUAUUUGUCUAGAGUAAAAAUGUGCCUUAAUGUGUAAUGAGAUAACAAGAGUGUGUACAAAAACAGGACGUGUAUUGGAAAUCUACAGACAUAAAAAUGUCCCGCUGAGUUACUCCAGCACUUUGUGUCUAUUUUCCAGACAUAAAAAUGUUACCACUCAUCUUAGUCGACAAAUCAUAUAAUAACUUGCUUAAACAAAAUUUAGUGCAUGCAUUGAUCAACAUUCUGGGGCAAUUGGACAGGGCAGAUUGCGACAAGUUUGCCCGCAGUGAAGAAAUAGCGUUGCUACAACUAAAAGUCAGCAGCAGCAUCGCGCACGCGUGGCGUCCCUGACACCAAAUCGCAAUUUUUGCCCAGCCAGCCCCGUAUAAAAACUGCAGCGAACUCUGGUCCAGGUGGGUUGGAGCCGAGCCGGUGCUCAAGCAGGUGUGUGAAGUGCGAGUGGGUACACCUCGGCUAUGGCGGAUACCUUGCGAAGGCUGGUCAACACAACGACCUGCAAACUGCUGCAGAAUAAACUCGAGUCUUGGUACAAGGAUUAUCACAUCAACUCGUGUGAUCAGAACUUGAAUCGAUGCUGUGAACUUAUUGAGCUGACCUCAAAGGUGCAAGGUGAACUCUUCACCAUCCUCAGCCUUGCAGCAAGCGAAGGUGGUGUUUAUUGUGGCAUUGAUACCAUCAAGUCCCGCUUCCUGCCGUGGCUAGGAUCUAACUUUACAGUCAUUACCCCAGGGGUGACCUCUGACACCAGCUUUACCCUCCUGCAGGAAUCUGCUGAGAAAGACCGGAAACUGUGGGAGCUGACAACAGUCCAUGAUAAGGAAAUACUGGAGCUGGAGACUGAAUUGAACACCACACGUCGCCACCUGGGGGCAGUCAAGCAGGAGUUAGCAGAAGCUCAUCUGGAACUGGACGAUACUCAGAACAAAUCAGUUGUGACAUUCCAAGUGACGGAGGAUGAAAUAAUAAGACUGAGAACCGAACUGAGGUCAGUUCGUGAGCAAGUGAGAUACUACAAACAAAAGGUGGAAAUGCUGGAUGAUUAUGAGCACAAGAUCAGACAACUGAAGGAUGAAGUCGCCUUCCUCUCGGCUGAGAAAUCCUCACUGCAUGAAAGAGUCCCAGGUCGUUGUUCCCCGAUCUCUUUCCCAUCUGUGAGCCGAUUCUCUCCAACUUACGGUAAACUGACUAACGGCUCUCGUCAGGCCCGACUGAUAUCCCGCUUCAAUGACAUUUACGCCAAUGAGCGUCUGCAUGCACAGAACCUCCUGAGACGCUACGUUGAUGAUCUAGAGAUGGUGAAGCAAAUAAUAUUCAUUGCAACAGCUGAGGCAUUCCAAGCUGCGAAAAUGGCAUUCCGACAGUUCAAACUCCGAGUACGCAAAACAUUAUCGCCUUCGCAUCGUGGGCCAGAGUCGCUGGAUGACACUGUGAUUGAUUACAUCAUUCGCAACCUGGACCUCUAUGACGUCCAGUCUAGCAUUAAUGAUGUGAUCCGUAGCAUUAGCGUUCAUCCAAAGAUCUCCAUCCCAAUCGAAGUUGACUUUAUAUUGAUCAGCAGUUUUAUCCGUGAAAUUUGUCGCGUGGCCUUUGCCAUGCAGACACUGGAUCCCCCACUUGACAUCGCCUUCACUGCCGAUGGUGAACUCUUCAAUGACAAUAAGUAUCGCCGCAGCUACGACUCUGACUUCACUGCUCCCCUGGUGGUUUAUCACACCUGGCCAGCCCUGGUAGAAAAUGGCAUUGUCAUUGUCAAGGGAGAGGCAUUCACAAAGAGAGGAGCUCUGUGGGCACCAAGUAAGAGCCAAAGCAGAAGCAUCAGUCCUGUCCGUUCCCGUUCCAUCAGUCCCGCCCGCGGUCUGUCAUCUCGGAGUCGAAGCCCAUCCCCCCUCAGGCGGAGCAUCAGUCCCAGACGCUGAAGAACUAAAGUUGAAGAGUUAAGAGGUUGAUCGACUUCUGAAAACUACCUGAAUAAUGCCAAAAUAAGUUUAGUGGCCAGAAGCAAAUAUGUAUGAAAAAUCCAUGUUUUUCAAUCUUCAGGGAAACCAUUGUUGUUUGAUUUUGUUAUUAACAGGUGUUGCUUAAUUGUUACAACAUUUUAAAUACAUUAAUUGUGCUGCAUCAUCAUAACUCAUCAUACGUCGAACCCCUAGUCUGCAGGUACACAAAUCCUCCAAGGUGCCAGAACACAUUUAUAAGGGAGCUACAUCUGUGCAUAGGAUAUUUAUCAUUGUAAAUGGCGUCAUUGAAUAUUGAAUCAGCUGAAGUGCAAUUCUGAACACUAGACUUUGGGAAGAACAUCAAGAACCUGGUGAGGGUGCAGAGGAGGUUUAUCGAUGAUGCUGGAGUGGAAUGCUAAGAAGACGAAUUGUUCUUUUUACAGGAAAUGAAUAGAGGUAGUUGAAAAUUAUUAUGUGUGUUGAUAGAGAGCAGAGUUGACAGAAUUUUCCACACCACUGGUUGAUAAAUGUACACUGGUCAUUGAUUUAAAGCAAUUGGCAAAAAGACUAGAUGUGAAAUUACAA